AUGCAACAAACCAAACCAGAAAGAAAGCGAUCAGUGGUCGAUCGAUACAUGCCACAGGGAGAAAACAAACCAAGACAACAAACACAAGACUCUCAAACUUCUACUUCUACUCCUACUCCUCCUACCCCUCCUACCGGUAGUGCAACAAAAUCAACAAAACCAACAGCAGUAACACCGCCACAGUCACCCAACAAAUCAAAUGGUGGUGGUGGUGGUGAUGAUCAUAAUAAUAAUGACAAGGAAGCCAAAAGUGCUGCCAAUGAGUUACAUAUCGAGGAACCUACUACUCCACACCCACCAGCCAAAGAACCAGUACUUGUCUUGUCACCCAAAAUGACGGCCAAAUUGCGGAACAAAAUGAUUGCGUCCUCGCCAGCAGGCAGAAAAGGGGCAAAGACACAUGCUACUGCCGCCUUGUCGCCAUCGCUCGCGGCUUCGAGGGGCAGUUUGCAAGAUAGAAUCAAACUAUUCUCCAACUCUAAUGCGUCAGCGCCAUCUUGGGCUCUCAAUCUACAACAACAAAAGAAGGUGCCACAACAGCUUCCACCUUCACAAGAACGACAACAGAAACAACAAGAAAAAUCAAAAUGGCGUCAUGAAAUGAGAAGUAAACGACUGCCUAACAAGAGUGUGGUUCCAGCUAAAAUGAAAAACGUCAUGGCGGCGCCCAUGAAACUGGCAGACUUUGAGCCUCCCAAGUUUCCAAAAAGUUCUUUGGAUGUAGAAACAAUCACAUCGUCCAUCAGAGCCAACUUCUUGUUCGAACAAUUGUCCAAGGCAGAUUUGGACACCUUGGUGCAAGCCUUUGAAAAAGUACGAGUGCACUUGGGAGAAGAAAUUAUCAAACAGGGAGAAUCGGGAGAUUACUUUUAUAUACUGGGAAAUGGAAAAGUCAAAUUUGUGGUCAAUGGCAAGGUGGUGGGAUCAGCAGGUGCAGGCAAGUCCUUUGGAGAAUUGGCACUCUUGUACACCUCACCAAGAGCGGCCACUGUCAUUGCCGAUUCCAAUCCGACACACUUGUAUCGAGUGGAUCAAAAGUCUUUCCGAUACAUCAUGCAAACCAAGGCCCAAGAAACGGAAGGAGAAAAGAUGAAACUUUUGCAGAGUAUUGCAUUUCUUAAAGACUUUGCCAAGCCAGAUUUGGAACGACUCUGUAAUUGUAUGGUGAUGCGCAAAUUCAAACCCAAGGAAUCCAUCGUGACCAAGGGAGAAGUGGGGAAUGAUUUUUAUAUUUUGAAAGAAGGCAGUGUCGAAAUUACCGAGAUUGAAGCCGGAGGCAAACGCUUCGACGAUAUUACCUUGAAACCUGGUGCAUACUUUGGAGAGCGGGCAUUGAUUACUAGUGAGCCACGAGCAGCAAAUGUCAUUGGAAAGUCAGAAGGAUCAUGUUUUGUCAUUGAUCGGGAUACCUUUGAAAAGGUAUUGGGCAAGUUUAGCAAGGUCAUUUUGAAGUCACAAGAUAAAGUCUUGUUGGAGGGAAUCCACAUUAUCAAGGAAGCCAAGUUGGAGGCCAAGGUGAUGGAUCAACUGGCGUUUGCGAUCGUUGAUCGCAAUUUCAAGGCUGGGCAAAAUAUUAUGGAAGAGGGAAAGAGCACCACAGCGGCACUCUACUUGGUUCGAGAAGGAUCUGUUUCGAUUCGCGAUGGUGACAAGGUGGAGAAGACGAUCGAAGCAGGGGGCUACUUUGCCGAUGAGCACUUGAUGGGCGAUGCACUCCGUGUUGCCAAUACCAUGGGAAAUAUGUCAUCCCAACUCACGGUUGUGUGCGAAGAAAAGUGUACUUGUGGUGUCUUGACGUUGAAGCAGUGUCGAUUGUUUGUUGACACGUCUAGAGCCUUUCCCGUCGUUGGCAAGAAAAAGAAAGCGAGCAGCGAUGGUGCACAAAGCAAGAGUGGCAAAAAUGACGAGGCUUCAGGAGAGUUCGAUAAUCGUUCAUCAGCUAUUUUGAAACGCCGAUCCACCAUCAAAGAAACCUUCAACAAUAGUGUCAGUAUGGAAGAAUUGGAGAAAAAUGAGCUUCUUGGCGAAGGACAAUUUGGACAGGUGUGGCUUGUCAAGGCUGAUAUUUGGGGCACUGGGGAAGAAGAAGACAUGGAACAGUUUGCUUUGAAGAUUCAACAGUGGGACGAUGGAGAUUGUAGUAGAGAAUACGCAGCAGCAAUUCAGAGAGAAAAGGAAGUCAUUUCGAGCAUGGAGCAUCCUUUUAUUGUGGACUUGAUUUGCUCCUUUGACAAUGAACAAGAGUCUUUGAUGCUGAUGACUGUUGUUGAGGGUGGAGAGCUUUGGAAUGUCAUCCAUAGAGAAAGUGAUGACGGGUCCGGUGACUGGAUAUCAGGAAUCAGUGAAAGCGAUGCUAGAUUCUACUCUUUGGUUGUGGGCGAGGCGUUGGCGUACAUGCACCACAAGUCGAUUGUAUUCCGCGAUUUGAAGCCCGAGAAUGUUUUGAUCGACAAGGACGGAUAUCCCAACAUAAUCGACUUUGGAUUUGCCAAGGUUUGCGAAGGCAAGACUUUUACAUUUUGUGGAACACCCCAAUAUGUGGCACCUGAGAUCAUUUUGUCCAAGGGUCACAGCUUUGGAGUCGACCAUUUUGCGCUGGGAAUUGUGAUUUACGAGAUGAUAGCAGGAGAGAAUCCGUUCUACUAUGAUGGGCUGCCAACUUCAGAGCUAUAUGAAAUCAUUUCCAAAGAAGAACCCUAUCCAUUGGCCGAGACUGUGUCAAAGGAAGUGAAAGAUAUUGUCAAUGGACUGUUGACCAAAGAUCCGAAUCAACGACUGGGCAACUUGUCUGGUGGAGAAUUGGAUAUCUUGAAUCAUAAAUGGUAUGCAAAGAGCGAACUAGACUUGAAGCUACUAAAAGAGAAGAAGAUCAAAGCACCGUUUAUCCCCGAUUUGAGUAAAUAA